GGGGAGAAGCCAUAUCACUGCUUGGAAUGUGGAAAGGUCUUCUCUCGUAAUGACUACCUAAAAUCACAUCAAAAACUUCACACAGGGGAGAACCCAUAUAAAUGCUUGCAGUGUGGAAAGUACUUCUCUAACAAUAGCCACCUAAGGACACAUCAAAAGGUUCACACAGGGGAGAAACCAUAUAAAUGCUUGCAGUGUGGAAAGUACUUCUCUCAGAAUAUUGACCUAACUAAACAUCAAAGGGUUCACACAGGGGAGAAACCAUAUACAUGCUUGGAGUGUGGAAAGUGUUUCUCUAGCAAUAGCAAUCUAAGGACACAUAAAAGGGUUCAUACUGGAGAGAAGCCAUACAAAUGCUUGGAGUGUGGACGCUGCUUCUCCCACAGUGGCAGCCUAACUUCACAUCAAAAGGUUCACACAGGGGAGAAGCCAUAUAAAUGCCUGGAGUGUGGAAAGUGCUUCUCUCAGGGUAGCCACCUAAGGACACAUCGAAAGGUUCAUACUGGUGAGAAACCAUAUAAAUGCUUGGAGUGUGGAAGGUGCUUCUCUCAGAAUGUUGACCUAACUAAACAUCAAAGGGUUCACACAGGGGAGAAACCAUAUAAAUGCUUGGAGUGUGGAAAGUGCUUGUCUAGCAAUAGCCACCUAAGGACACAUCAAAGGAUUCAUACUGGUGAGAAGCCAUAUAAAUGCUUCGAGUGUGGAAGGUGCUUCUCUCAGAAUGGUGAGCUAACUAAACAUCGAAGGGUUCACACAGGGGAGAAACCAUGUAAAUGCUUGGAGUGUGGAAAGUGCUUCUCUGACAAGGGCCAGUUAAGGGCACACCAAAGGGUUCAUACCGGGGAGAAGCCAUAUCACUGCUUGGAGUGUGGAAAGUGCUUCUCUCGGAAUGACUCCCUAAAAUCACAUCAAAUGGUUCACACAGGGGAGAAGCCAUACAAAUGCCUGGAGUGUGGAAAGUGCUUCUCUAACAAUAGCCACCUAAGGACACAUCAAAGGAUUCAUCCUGGGGAGAAGACAUAUUAAUGCUUGGAGUGUGGAAAGUGCUUCUCCCACCGUUGCAGCCUAACUUCACACCAAAGGGUUCACACAGGGGAGGAGCCAUAUCACUGCUUGGAGUGUGGAAAGUGCUUCUCUCGGAAUGACUCCCUAAAAUCACAUCAAAGGAUUCAUACUGGAUAGAAGCCUUAUAGAUGCCUUAAAUGUGGCAUUUUCUCAAAGUAGCGCCCUAACUACACAUCAGAAGGUUCACACAGGGGAGUAGCUGUACAAAUGUAUGGAGCAUUGAAAGGGGUUUACUCAGAAUGGCACAUCGAAGGAUUCAUACGGGGGAGACUUCUUGGGGAAAUGGUGACGUGAAGGGAGCACUUUACAAAGGCUCCAGACAUAUCUCCCUCUUGGAUUUCCCACAUCAGGAAAGGAGAGAAUAUAUUCCUUCACCCUUACCACUCCCCCAUGGGCGAGACCCAACUGACAGGUGAACCCAUCUCCACCAGGUUCUCAUUCCAGCAAAAGCAGCAGAGAAAAAGUUGUAGCUGUUUGUUAUCCGAUUAUAAAUUUUAUGUUGAAUAAUGACAUUAUUCCUGAUAAUCCACAGUAUAAAAAAAUGGUUUACUUUUUAUUUGUAUUGUUAAAAUA